UCAAGUCAUGUGACCAUUUGUAGCCUGUCGUCACACACAGUGAGAGCGCGGGACUGUCAAAACACCGACCUCCUCAACUCCAUUGCUUCUUCGUUUGUCCCUGUUACCGAAUACAUUUGUUCCUCUACAGUUAUUUUAUUGCACUGGGAUGGGCUCCAAAGUCGUUUCUAGUGCGAAGGACUUCUCCAAAUUUCUACGAUCCCUUCAGGAGGGAGGAGAUGAUAACAUCUAUGAGGACGACGUACAAAUCGUGAGGACAAAUGGAGAAAAACUGGCAGUGCCAAGUAUCUACUGUGGUAACCAGUCAGUCAUCAUCUGUGAGAAAGCUGUAAAGAAAGUGGACAAACUGAGUGAUUCAGGUGACCAGGAUUCACUUCAGGUGUCUGACUGUACUGACAGUCAUGUUGACGUGGAUAUCAGCACGCUUGAACUGGGACCAGAGCCUCUCUCUGUCAAGAAAGCAAGGAAUUUGCUGUCUCUAUACACACUAUCUCACAAUGCACAGGUCAUCACAGACAACCGUUCUGCGUUGGACCCUCUGUGGGUCCGAUGUGAUAUGUCUGAUCCAGCCUCUACCACCUGGCUGGGAGCUGAAACUGUGUGCACCGGCUCUAAAGUAUGCGGCAUGAAAUUUUACUCUGUCACCUCCAAAGGUCCAGCUGAAGACAGAAAAUCCUUUCUGACCUUAGAUGGACUCAAACAGGAGCACAAGAAAAGGCAUCAUUCAACCACGUUGGUGACCAAAGGCAGUGCCAGGUUCCUGUUAUAUGGCUCGACUAUAGUUGAAAACACAGCAAUUAAGUCACAAAGUACUGUGACAGUAGAUCUCAAGUGGAGCCAUGUAGAACGCAUCCUGGAGACCCCGCCGCUCUCCUCAACUGCAACACUGAAUAUCAAAGUUGCCAGUGGAUGCAUGAGGAGCCCCAUGUUCUCGAUGUUCAGGGAACUGGAAUUCCUGCAGGUCCUGGCUGAUGGUUUGAGAACUGGUGAGCCCGAAUGGAUGGAACCAUUGGAAAUCACGUCACCUGUCACAUUGGUUAAGGUUUUCUUGGAAGACCUACAGAACACAGUGAAGACACUGCAAGUUCCUUCAGAGAAAAAAGUGGAGGGACGAGCGCCCAACAAUGAGACUGAUGCUCCCAUUUUCAACUCGCUCUUGGAGCGAGGAAACUUGGAUUUCAUUGAGAAGCUGUGGGUUCAGAUGUGGAAGAGUGUGACUUCCUACCAACACAUUGGAGAUUGUCUGAAGCUAGUGAUCGACACCCUGAGAUACGGCGACAUCAAACCUUGGAUUCACAGAGACAGUAGCAGCUCCCUCAGCAAGCUCAUCCUGCAGUCCUACCAUCAGCAGAUCGCCCAUGUCUCACUGACUGGCGUCACCCCGGUCCACAUGCUGCUGGAAAUGGGCCUGGACAAGAUGAGGAGAGAUUAUAUAAACUACCUCAUCGGUGAGGAGCUGACAACUCUCAACCAUUUGGGUUACUUUCUGAACACCGAGGUCGACCUGCAGGAGCAAGUCACCCGACUCAGAAAGUUGCACCAUCUGCUGGAGAUCAUCCUGACCUGCAGCACUUUCCUCGGCCUGCCGUAUGAUCGCCUUUUCGCUCUAACACAAUCGUGCCUGCAGCACUACAGGACUAAUCCGUACGACGAGCAGCACGAGUUCAAGCUACAAAUCAAGCCCACGCUGAUCAGCCAGUUUUACCAAGAGGAGAAUCCUAUCAUGUGGGGAGUCGAGGUUUCCAGUGGACAAGGCCCUCAUGAGCUCAAGACAGUCUUCCAGCUGAGCGACAGACCCCUGGUUGAUCACGUGAUCUUUGAUACAAAAAAUGCAAACGAAAUCAUAAAUGGGGACGCCGAAGACCCUGCCUUGUUCUCCACCCUGAUCUGCAGCAGCUUGGUCAACUUCACUCGUUGAGAUGUUCACUUUCUUCAGAAAACUUGAGAGAGAGACACUUCAGGUCUGUUUCACCGCAACGUUUUAUUAAGAGAUGUCAAAAAAAAAGAUACAGCCAUGUUAGUCUCGCCCUAAAGUUGUUGUUUUCUACAGCAAAGUUGAGUCACAUCAUUUUAAAAGUUCAUUUGAAUCAGGAUCUAAUAAAAGACUUAUUCUCACACAUCCAUUUUAGACGUUGUUGUAUUCUGAGCACGGCCGCUGGGAUGAGCCUGUUUCUAGUUCCGCCUCCGCAGCAGGAACAUGAGGAAGAUGGCACUGAGUAAAAUAGAAAGUGUGCACACAGUGGGAACCACAAUCUCGGUGACCAUCUCCAUGUGGCUGGUCAGGGGAUCUGCCAAGCAAACACACACAAACAUACACGUCUCCUUAACAACAUACGACUGCACUUCUGAUGAAGCUCAAGCACAGCACUCAAAGGGUUAAUUUGUCAAUCACUGAUAUCAUUUUGGUUUCAUAUUGAGCACGUCCGGUUCCUUACCAUGUAUAAGUCUUAGAAUAUUGGCAGCAGUACUCCGCUGUUCUUCUAAUAAAAAGAAAGAAACGACUCAGAAUUGAUUGAAAACAUUUUAACCCUUUGAGAACUGCAGGUGAGAAUAGUUUUGCUGACACCCAUUUUUGUUGAACUAAUCUCUUUGUGGAGCCUUUUACUGUCUCCUCGCUGGGUUUAACAGACACACAAUGCAAUAAGAGACGGACAUGUACCCUCAAUCUCUAAACUUCAUCAUGCACUGGCCAAACCUUUGGCAUUUCGGCAUGUUCCUUGGACUUUCUUCUAGCUGGAGGGGCAAACAAAGAAGAUGUCUUA